AUGUCUACUACUGGUACAUUCGACUUUAAGAACCAUUCACAUCGCCGAUACAAUCCAUUGACCCGAUCAUGGGUGCUUUGUUCGCCUCACCGUACACAGCGUCCUUGGCAGGGACAUCGUGAGAGUGCGCAAAUCGAAAAGCGUCCCGAGUAUGAUGCCACAUGUUACUUGUGUCCAGGCAACCAACGUGCCAACGGCGACUGCAACCCCAAAUAUGACUCCACUUUUGUUUUCCCCAACGACUUUGCUGCUGUCAAAUCCGACCAACCCGUUCUUGCUGAUACCACAGAGGAUGACGAUGAUCUCAUUCGCACACAAGGGGUACGGGGUGAAUGCCAUGUCAUGUGCUUUUCGCCACGCCACGAUCUGACCAUGGCUGAGAUGACGGUUGAGGAGAUUGAGCAAGUUGUCAAGCAAUGGACGAGCAGUUACAAGGCCAUGGCAGAGAAGGAUUACAUCAAGCACGUGCAGAUUUUUGAAAACAAGGGCGCAGCUAUGGGAUGUUCGAACCCUCAUCCCCAUGGCCAAAUGUGGUGCACUGAACAAGUCCCUGAGGAGCCACAAACGGAGCUUGAUUCUCUCCAAGCCUAUCGUGAUACUCAUGAUGGCAAGUGUCUUCUUUGUCAAUACGCCCAACGUGAGCUCAAGCACAGUGAUCGUGUUGUAUUUGAAAACGACUCUUUUGUAUGCGUGGUGCCUUUCUGGGCAUUGUGGCCUUUCGAGACAUUGUUACUCCCCAAGCAUCAUCUCUCCAGCUUGAAAGAAUUUUCGGAUCAACAUCGACAUGACCUUGCAGACGCCUUGAGACGCAUCACGUGUCGCUAUGACAACCUUUUUGAAUGCUCAUUCCCUUACUCUAUGGGUAUCCACCAAGCACCCAUCGGCGAUGAUUACGACUAUGCUCAUUUGCAUUUACAUUUCUAUCCUCCCUUGCUUCGAAGUGCUACUGUUCGUAAAUUCCUUGUUGGUUUUGAAAUGCUAGGUGAACCACAACGUGACAUUACUCCUGAACAAGCAGCAUCAAGGUUGAGAGAUUGUUCCGAAAUCCAUUACAAAGCACGUCAAGAAGAAAAUGGUGUGCUCGACACCAACCACCAUCAUUUGUAA